AUCUUAUUAUCUAUGGUCAUCACUAGUCAUAUCUUCAUUAUCAUCAUCUUCAUCAACCCAAAACCAUAACCAAAAACCUAAAAACACCCUUGAUGUCUCUUUUCAUCCCUUGUCUUCUCACUUAAAGUCUCCCCUUUCAUUUUUUCUUCCUUCCUUAUUAACCUUUUCCCCAUGAAUAAAGAUGGUUCCUUUUUUGUAUGAAAUCAUCUUGACCGUAAAUUUAAUCAUCUAGCUAACUCUCUUAAGACAAAAAGAUAAAAAGGCCAAGAGUGUUAGAUGUUUCAGCCAUGGACUUAACCAACAACAACAACAACAACGCAACAGCAACAACAACUACAACUACUACUACAGUUAAAACCCCAGAAGGUGAAAUUGAAACACCUACUCAGAUCCAAAAAGUGAAGCCUUUCCCUUUGAGUAAUGGUGUACUUAAAAGAAAAAAUACACUCCACCAUCAGCAUCAUCAACAUCAUCACCCUGUUGUUGUUAUUUACAAAGAAUGUCUCAAGAACCAUGCUGCUAGUUUAGGUACUCAUGCUGUUGAUGGCUGUGGUGAAUUUUUGCCUUCUCCUUCUUCUAACCCAGCUGACCCUACCUCUCUUAAAUGUGCUGCUUGUGGUUGUCACCGUAAUUUUCACCGCCGUGAACCGGAAGAACCCGUUGUGGUUCCUCCUCCGCCCAUCGCCACCGCCGUUCUUGAGUACCAGCCUCACCACCGCCACCAUCCUCCUCCACCUCCGCCGCUGCCGCUGCCGCUGCCACCGCGUGGUGGGGACCACAGUAGUCCGAAUUCCCCAUCUCCACCCCCCAUUUCUUCUGCUUAUUACCCAGCUUCUGCACCUCACAUGCUCUUAGCUCUCAGUGCUGGGUUUACUGGGGAGAAGAACCCCAACCCUACAUCAGCUCCGUUAGUAGCAAACUCUAACGGGAGGAAGCGUUUCAGGACGAAAUUCACUCCAGAUCAGAAGGUGAAAAUGCUGGAAUUCUCAGAAAGUGUUGGGUGGAAAAUGCAGAAAAGAGAUGAAGAUCUGGUGAACAAUUUCUGCAACGAAAUUGGAAUUGAAAAGGGGGUUCUAAAGGUAUGGAUGCACAAUAACAAAAACACCUUCGGGAAGAAAUCAGAUCAACACACUUCUGGAGAAGACAACAACAACAACCUCAGCCACAACAAUGGUAACAGUACUAAUAACAACGUUAAUGGUUUUUGCAUUGUUAGUAGAAAUAACAGUCAUAACAACACCAACUCAGAAUUUCAUCAUCAUCACCAUCAUGGUCAAAGCAACAGUGACAACAAAAAAGACAUCCAAGGCAUAAUCCAUCAACUACACACAAGUGAUAGUGUUGUUGCUACUAAUGGCUCUUCUUCAUCAUCUUGAUCUAAAAAAAAAAAUAUGCACAAAUAAAGUUUUAACUAGAAUUAGUGCAAGGAAGAGAAAAACAUCGAGGCUGGUUAAUUACUAUUAGUCACGUUUAUUUUUUUUUUUUUUUAAUUAGGACUGUUUUAUGCCUUGUUCGUAAGGAUUAGUGCUCAUCUUGAUGAGGAUAACAAUGGAAAUCUAAGAUUGUUCCAAUGAGCAAUUUAAUUUGUUAAUUUUCCUCUUCUUUUUUUUCUGCUUGCUACUGGCCUUGUAAAUUACUAUUAUGCUACUUAAUUAGUACAUCUCAUUUGAUUAAGAAAUCUAUAGCUGAUGAGCAUUGAUUC